GGGGCUCCAUCGACCGAGACCAGUCUAGGGCUCGCUCGCUCCACGGCGGCUGCAAUCGGCGGACCGGUGCAAGCUGCGCAGGGACGCCGCGAGCAGGCGGCGGCGGGCAACUGGAGCAGUUACGGCCAAGCCUCGGGGAAGUCGACGGCGUCGGCGGGGACCUAGCAGGAACCAGCAGCGAUGACCUUCAGCACAUGGCUUGAUGGGGUCGUGGGAGGAGGGAUUACGGAAACUGCAACUCGCCGGGUCUACGACCCAGCGUUGCGGGCCUACGUCUCAAGUUCUUACCAAGAACCAAACAGGUUGCUGGAUGACCUCGCCACCGUGGCCUGUACCGGAGCAGCGGUCGCUUUGUGCUGGGCAGCGUGGAGGUACUACCUGUACAGCACGUCUCUCGGCAAGUAUGGCCGGGACCUGACGGCCUCGGCCGGCAAGGCCGACCCGGUGAUUGGUCGCGACGACGAGAUCGACCGCGUCAUCUGCAUCCUCUGCCGCCGGACCAAGAACUGCGCCGCGCUCGUCGGUGCGGCAGGGGUCGGCAAGACGGCCAUUGCCGAGGGUCUCGCCCAGCGUAUCGCCGCCGGGACGGUCCCUUCCGCACUCGCUGGGGCACGCGUCGUGGAGGUGGACCUGGGGGCCAUGGUGGCCGGGACUCAGUACCGCGGCAUGUUCGAGGAGCGCAUGAAGAACGUGAUAAGGCAGGCCGAGUAUGCGGAUGGCAAGGUCAUUCUCUUCAUCGACGAGAUGCACAUGCUUCUUGGCUCAGGUGGCAGCCUGGUCCACCAGAGUAGCACCGAUGCUGCCAACAUGCUGAAGCCGGCGUUGGCCCGUGGUCGUAUCCGCUGCGUGGGCGCCACAACUUUGGAUGAGUACAGUAAGUACAUUGAGAAGGAUGCCGCGUUGGAGCGGCGAUUCCAAAAGGUGCAUGUCGAGGAGCCGACCACGCAGGCCACAAUUGCCAUUCUGCGAGGGCUAAAGGAAAGGUAUGAGAAGCACCAUGGCUUGCAAAUCCAGGAUGCUGCUCUUGUUGCUACCGCACAGCUUGCUGCCCGAUAUAUCACAGGUCGUCAAUUUCCUGAUAAGGCAAUUGAUCUGAUCGAUGAAGCAUGUGCCACCGCAGCCAAAAGGAUGAUGCAAAUUGGCAUACAAGAAAAGCAAGUAAACACUGUGCUAACUACCUCUCCAAAUGCAGUGAAGGAAGCAAAUGUUGGCCCUGAUGAAGUCGCACAAGUUGUUAGCCGAUGGACUGGAAUUCCUGUCGCCACGCUUGAUCAAGAGGAGAAGGAUAAGUUGAUCCACCUAGCAAGCAGAUUGCAUGGGCGAGUUGUUGGCCAGCAUGAAGCCGUUAAUAAGGUCGCGCGUGCAGUGUUGCGUUCUAGGACUGGCCUUGAUCAGCCUGGCCAACCAAUAGGCUCAUUCCUCUUUUUGGGCUCUACUGGUGUUGGAAAGACAGAGCUUGCAAAAGCUCUUGCCGAACAGCUAUUUGACAGCGAGAAGAUGUUGGUUCGCAUUGACAUGUCUGAAUAUGUUGGGGCUGGAUCUGUCUGGCGUCUCAUUGGAGCACCUCCAGGCUCCUCUGACCAUCAAGAUGGUGGGCAACUGACUGAGAAGGUGCGAAGGCGCCCAUAUAGUGUCAUCCUUUUCGAUGAGGUGGAGAAGGCAGAUCCCUCGGUGUUGAAUGUUUUUCUUCAGCUCCUUGAUGAUGGUAUGUUGACCGAUGGCAAAGGCCGGUUAGUAGAUUUCAAGAAUACCAUUAUCAUCAUGACCUCAAAUCUGGGGUCAGAGCACCUACUAGCAGGACUGUCCGGAGAAAGCACAAUGGAAACAGCAAGGGACCUUCUUAUGAAUCAGGUUCGGAAACACUUCAAGCCCGAGCUUCUCAACAGACUGAGUGCGAUCAUUGUAUUUGACCCGCUUUCGCGAGACAGGCUAAAAGAGAUCGUGGCAAUCCAAAUGAACAGCAUCAUCGCCAGGGUAGCUGCCAAGGGCAUCUCUCUAUCUGCAAGCGACGCCGCAUUGGAUGUCAUUUUGUCGGAAUCAUACAAUCCAAUGUACGGUGCAAGGCCUAUAAGGAGGUGGGUGCAGGAGAAUGUGGUGACGGCGAUCUCGGAGAUGCUGGUCAGAGGGGAGGCCGGUGCGGGCUCAACUAUCUCCAUUGAUGCUUUGGACGACAGGAAGGGGCUGAAGUACGAAGUGGCGAGAGAAGUGGUAGAUCCAGCGGUGGGACUUCUCGGUGACUCUGGUGGCCGCAACGAUGGUUUGGCCAUGGCCACUCCAGUCAUGAAUGGUGAGACUAACACACCUCAUGUCACUUCCGGGGCUGGCUUGAACUUGUAUUUGCCAAUCAAGGCUUUGUUGGCAAGGUUUAACACCUAAGCAUCCUCAUGUUUCUGUCUUGAGAACUUGUGAUGGAGUUAGUUCGAGGUGUAGUCUAAUUCUCAAGGAGUAGAUUCACAGGAAGGAUGGUACUGCUAGGACGUUAGAGCAGUGAAGGUUUGGAUAGUCAAGGAAGUAGAGCUUUUGAGUGAACCAAAGAAAAAUAUAACCUUUUGUUUUCUCUCA